AUGUUGUCACGACUCUUUGGGUUCAACAAGAAGAUCAAUAAUAACAAUUCAAGUGAUGAUACUUCUUCACAACACAACAAGAACACAAACAAGACUUUAAAAAAUCCUUUUCCCUUUCCGAAAGAAAUUAUUUUGAAAAUUUCACAAUUUUUAUUUUUACCCGAUUUGUUUCAUUUCGGAAUGUCAUGUCCAUUCACAUUGAAAAUUUUAUUCAAUCAAACACCACAAUUGGUGAUGCAUCGACUCAAAGAAAAGGAGCAAAGAAAAAGUAAAAAGAGCAACAUGUCACUUGUUCUUCAGCAAGACGCCAUCAUUGAAAUUUAUAAAAAACAAGAAGAAGAACAAUUACAACCACAGAACGAUGACACGUUCAUGAAUUUUGAAAUUGUUCAGAACAUGAUUUGGAAAAACUUGGUCAAUUAUUACUUUAUUCGAUUUUGUGCGAGUGGUGUGAAAAAUUGGAUGCAUGUCUUACGAAGAAGAAUUACUUAUUUAAUGGUUCAUGAUCCAAAAAAACUUCCUCUCGUGACUUCCUUUCAUCGAAGUGAAUUUGAAGCAAUGAUCAAUGACCCUUACCAAUUUAAACUAUUAUCUCCAUGUUCGAGUGAUUUGGAAUUUAUUGAAAAGUGUGACAAUUUAUACAAGUGUCCAAUGCAUUUAUCUUCGAUCGAGACGAAAUCCUACCAUUCUUCGAAAUAUUGUCAAGAAUGCAAUCAUACCAUCACGUUAACAAACACUUAUGAUAACUUUUUGACAAGUGUAUUGACUGAUCCAUUGACAGCCAUUACUCUUCAAGUGAAUAACCAACCAAGAGCACCACCAGCCAAGAACUCUGUAAAGUUCAAAGUUCAAGCCAAAACGUCUCUCAUCAUUGAGGAUCAUCAUCAUCACCAUUCGAUUGAUCCAAUCACUCUCGUUUUGUUAGGUCCUUUAUCGAGUGGUAAAACAGAAGCCUUAAAAAUUAUUCAAUAUUACAACUCACGAGAUCAAUUCCGAACUAGUAGUAGUACUGAUAGUAGUAGUAGUAACCAUUCAAAUCUAAAUUUAUUCAACCACAAGAGGGAAAUUCCGAAUAUAAUUCGCUACGAUCAAUGGUCAGGAGAAAGCUAUCGCAACAAGGAAUUGUAUUAUUCUCGCUUGAGAGAGUCCUAUGAUGAGCCAACCAUUGACAUGAAUUGUUUAAUUUAUGCCUAUUUACCUCCAAAGGGAGAACAAGUGCUUCAAUUGGCGGAUAUUGGAGGCGAUGAAAAACUCAUGAAGAAUGCUUCGAGUGGAAUUUCAUUGAGCGAAAAUUCUGCAGCAUUGAUUGUGGUGGGUGUGGAUUCCAUCUGCCAUUCCAAAGUAUUACAAAAAGUGUUGCAUGAUCAUUUAAUGUUGGCUCGAGUUGAGGAAAGCUUUAUGGAGGUGAAGAAACAAAUUUUGGAGCUAGGUUUGAAAAACAUUUUGAGAAUUGAUCAUUGGUCAAAUCAUUGGUCAAAGGUGCCAAUCAUUCCAACAAGUUUGGUGAUGGAAGAAAAUGUCAUGAGAAAUUCUGAAAAGAUGCCAUGGUACAAGGGUGACACUCUUUUAAGUUUUAUUGAUUCAUUGACACCACCGUCUUGUGAAGAAUGGAAAAAGUAUGCACCCUUAAGAUUUUCAGUCAUCCAUCCAUUUAAAAUUGGAGGAAUUGGGACUGUUUUGUUUGGCAAGUUACAUUCUGGAAUUCUACAAGAGGGCGCUUUGGUAAAUGUUGCUACAGUAGGAGGAACGUAUAUUUCGAACGUGCAAGUCAGGACUAUUGAAAUUGAUGGUAGAAGAGUGAAAAAAGCCUUUCCUGGUUCAUUAGUGGCUGUUAAUGUAUGUAAAUUGACACUGAGAGAUUGUAGAAGAGGUUUGGUGAUUAGCACUCCUGACAAUCCAGCCACAUUUACAACGAACUUUGAAGCGAAAAUUAAGAUUUUAGAAUGUCCCAAUAUAAUUAAGGAAGGAUUCACACCCAUGGUGGAUUGUGGUUUGGCUCAUGUUGCUUGUAGAUUUGAAAAAUUGUGUUACACUAUUGAUGCUUCAACAGGUCGAGUACUUUCAAGUCACCCUUCUUCUCUUAAAAAGAAUGAUUUGGCUAUUGUGAAAUUGCGUACCACAAAUCAUAGAUUUCUAUUGGAGAGAUAUAAUGAUUUCCCUUUUUGUGGAAGAAUAAUAAUAAGGGAUAAUGAUAAAAUUAUAGCAGUUGGAACAGUCACCAAGAUUGUUCGACCAUGA